UUCAUCACACAAGGUUUUUAAAUCCACGUGGCCCGGAAUUUUUUUCCUGAUUUGUUAACUGAUAGCUGCACAGCAAAAGUUCGUAAUUAUUUAAGGUGCAGGACACGUCACAUGUACUUUGAAGUAGCUCAGUUGGUUACUUAAGUUGAAGCAACAAUGUUUCGCUCUGUGGUAACUCGUAUUUUCGCUACAUCUUCGAAGCUUUCCCGUCGAAAUCUGUCAUGCACUGCUUCGUGUUCUUCGCCGUUAUCAACAAAAGAUAUUUUUAAACGAGAGCAGCAGUACGGGGCGCACAACUAUCAUCCUUUACCGGUGGCAUUGUGUAAAGGAGAAGGGGUCUAUGUCUGGGAUGUCGAAGGAACACGAUACAUAGAUUUUUUGAGCGCUUACUCUGCCGUAAAUCAAGGACAUUGCCAUCCUAAGAUCAUCGACGCGAUGAAAAAGCAAGUCGAUAAUUUAACGUUAACAUCAAGAGCCUUCUAUAACGACGUUUUAGGUGAAUAUGAGGAAUAUGUGACUAAGCUUUUUGGGUAUGAUAAAGUGUUGCCCAUGAAUACUGGUGUUGAAGGAGGGGAGACAGCCUUAAAGUUAGCACGAAAGUGGGCGUACAAGGUGAAGGGUGUACCUAAGAAUCAGGCGAAGGUUGUGUUUGCUGCAGAUAAUUUUUGGGGCCGUACAUUAGCAGCUUGUUCAUCAUCGACUGAUCCAGAUUGCUUUGAGGAUUAUGGGCCGUACAUGCCAGGAUUUGAGAUUGUGCCAUAUAAUAAUUUGGAAGCACUAGAGAUGGCAAUUCAAGAUCCUAACACUUGUGCCUUCAUGGUUGAGCCAAUUCAAGGAGAGGCUGGAGUAAUAAUACCAGACCCAGGUUAUGUGACUGGUGUAAGAAACCUCUGUGAUAAACACAAUGUCCUGUUUAUUGCUGAUGAAGUUCAAACUGGAUUAGGUAGAACUGGAAGACGCCUUUGUGUUGAUCAUGAAGGAGUUCGUCCUGACAUUGUAGUUCUUGGAAAGGCCCUUUCAGGUGGAUUAUAUCCGAUUUCAGCUGUGCUAUGUGAUGAUGAAAUCAUGUUAACAAUUAAACCAGGAGAGCAUGGCUCAACAUUUGGUGGAAAUCCUCUUGCCUGUAAAAUUGCAAUAGCUGCCUUAGAGGUUUUGGAGGAGGAAAAAUUGGCAGAAAAUGCCACAAAAAUGGGGGAAAUACUUCGCUCCGAGAUUUCUUUGCUUAAUCCAGAGGUUGUGGUGGAUAUUCGUGGAAAGGGUCUUUUUACUGGAAUCACUAUAAAAGAAAUGAAAGGCAUUGAUGCCUGGGAGGUUUGUGUACGACUUCGGGACAAUGGUCUUCUAGCGAAGCCAACACAUGGAGACAAGAUACGUUUUACCCCACCUCUGGUUAUUAAUGAAGAGCAAGUUUUUGAAGCUGUGGAUAUUCUGAAGAAUACCAUCAAUUCUUUGUAGCCUGACUGAACAAUAUAUUCUCUGUAUAUAUAUAGUUAUAGUAUUUUGAAGCUUAGACAAAUAUUCUGACAUUUGUGUGUGUGGAUGGACCUCAGGGACUUUAUUGAAGU